AGGCCCGCUCUGGUAAACCAGCUAACAAAAUACCUCGCGACUUCGCAAAAAUGUAAGUAAUUUCCCAUUUUCGGUUGUGUGUGUUUGCGGGUAACCGGAGAUCUUGCACAUGAAUUAGAUUUCGCAGGCAGGGUUCACAGUAGCUGGUUUUUAUUUGGAAAAAGUAAUAAUUUUUCUUAUAUCCUAAAGGUUUUAAUUUAGAGAAAUAUAUAUUUCAAAUAUUUAUAAUAAAGCAACAUUUUAGGUAACAAAGAAAAAGUAAUAUGUGACCAUAUACUACAAGCUUAAUAUCAUUUUAAAAACUAAAUUUAUUAAAACCAUUCUACUUUAAAAUUUGAAAUUAAAAUUAAGCCUACCUUAUAAAAGUCAAAUGAUUUUUCAAAUAUCAUAUCAAACGUAUAAAAACUGAUCCUAUAUACAGAAUAGCUCCAAUGAUACAUGUCCGAGUAAAAUCUUAAAAUUAGGUAAAGCCUUGAUAUACAACAAUAAUUUAAAAUUAAUAGCCAUUAUAAUGACCUCUAUUUUUAAAUUGCAUAACUAUUAAUUAAUUAUCAUAAAAACAUUUUGUUACGAAUUGGUUUUUAAGACAUAUUAGGGAGCGUUCACUAGUCAUGUAUGGCUUAGGUGCAGAACAAAUUAGUUUGAAAUUAGAAUUGGGGGGAACCAUUAAGCUAGGGUGCCUAGGCUUUAUUUUCUUACCUCCAUAUAGACGUAUAUUCAUAACUGGGCAUAUGGAUAUGUACUUUUUUUAAUUAAGUCAAAACACUUGUGUUUACAUGCGUCGAAAAUACACGCUUAUGUGCUGGGCUCCAGUGUGGGUGUUUGUAUAUAGCAAUCGAAAAAGAAAAACUCAAACUGAAGUUGUGGCGACGAUCGUCGAUCGCUGAUCCCAGAGAGGGACGACAUAAGUCAGACGCAACUCCAGCCUGCCACACGCGCCUCGAUCUCCAGCCGUCGGAGUCGGAUCGAUCGGACAAUAGCGAAGAAAUUAAGCCGCUUUGUUUGCACACCACUGUGUACCUGGACAAAAGGAUCCUUGACGACAAGUUGGUCCCCCAUAGAUCACCUGUUGACACACGUACAAAGAGGUGGCACCUUAAACUAGACGAGAUGCGGCUCUCAUCAACCCCGGAUGAGUAGUCACGUCUCGAAUCGGAUCGAUGGUAAACCUGCUGCAGUACGGCCAGUACUCUCGAUCGGUCAUUCGAAAAGCGGCUUAGGCGAUGACGGAUCAAUUGCUGAGCUCCGCGGCCAGCGCUCCGGGGGAUCCCCCGCCGGUUCUUGUGCCCGUGCCAGCCUCCACGGGUGGACCCUAUUUGAGCGGUGGCUCCGAGGGCGAGCAGGAAUCCUCGGAACAGCCCGUCCUCCUCGAGCUAGGUGCUCCCCAAUCCGCCAGCUGCCCAGCAGUUAGUCUCAACUACACUCUGACCCCCGAUGGAGGAGGUUUGCUGGCCUAUGCGCCACCUCAUCCGCACAGCUAUUCACCUAACUAUGGCUACGAGAAAGAGCCACCCAAUUUGGGUCUGUUGCCACCCACAUACAGUGUGAUCCCGCAGCCGGUGUCGAUGUGGCAUGCCGGUCAGGUGGCCUCCGGUUCGCCAGUGUGCCUGGAAAGCAGCAAACCCAGUGAACUGGUGCCACCACCCAUCUACAUGAGCUAUGGCGGUGGUAGUAUCGCCAAUAGCACGGAGGUGGACAUCUCCAAGGAACACAAUCCCGCCUGGCGGGAGAAGGCCCUGCAGAUGGAGAAGGACUACAGACGCACCGCCUGCGAUCGGGAGAGAACCAGGAUGCGGGAUAUGAACCGAGCCUUUGAUUUACUGCGCUCCAAGCUGCCCAUUUCCAAGCCGAAUGGGAAAAAGUACUCCAAAAUUGAGAGCCUAAGGAUUGCCAUUAACUACAUCAAUCACCUGCAGGCCAUGCUCCGGGAGAAUUCUGUGACUCAGAAUGGCAGUGGAUGCUGUGCCUGGAGUGGCGGGAGUAGUUCACCCUAUGACAAUGCCAACGAUCAUUGGGGAUCAUAGCUAACGAUGAACUUUAUUCCUUUAAAAAUCUUGAAAAAAUACGUUGGUGUAGUCUUAAGUGCAGUAUGCCAAAGAAUAUUCACUGGCGGUAGUCAUACCAAAUUUAAAUAUUUAAAAAAUGUAGAUUUCCAAAAAUGGGAAUUAAAUUAAGGUCAACAUAUUUCUGCUCAACUAAACUAUUUCGGAAAACAAUAGCUUUAAUUUUUUAUAGUUCAAAAAUGUUUAAUCUCCUUAUAAGUGCAAUAAUAAAAUAAAAUGCCAAAAAUAAUUG